AUGCCCAGCCAAGAUCAGGGAAUCAGCCCACUCUUUGACGACCGAGCCGAAGAAGCCAUUCAAUACUCACCCGGACUACUAGCGCAGCUCCCCAAACAUGAGGAACGACCUGAUCGCGUCUGGGGACUUCGGGACACAAAAAGAUUCGCUCGCUUGCUACAGUCAAAUCAAAAUAUCAGGUCCAGUUUGGCUCGAGCUGCAGACAAGGAUGGCGACUGGAACGCUGGCCCUCUUGUGUGGUUCUUAGCUUACAAGGAUGAGCAGUGGAGGGUUCAGGCUGCAUAUGUUGAUGAACAGAACGGGAAAAUCUCUUAUGCCCGAGACAUAUACCGCGAGGGAAUAGCCCGUAGUCUUUAUAAGUUAGCGGCUUCUGACUCUACAAGUUUGGUCCAAGACGAAGAUAUCUUCUCUUUCGCUGGAAACGUGGCGGACUGGAUCUCCGCCAAUCCGGACACAAGAGAAUCUGGAAGACGUCCGGCUUAUGAAGACCCUCUCCACGAUUUCUACUGCAAGGAUGGAGUAGUGCGCGAUGCGAGGUUUAUUUGCAAACAACUUGUUGGUAUAAUGAUCACAGCCGAGAACCUGGAUGAGUUCCUAGGUUCAGGAAAAACGGACACCGAGACCAGACAGCUCACAGCCUCACUCCUCGACAGUAUCGAAGAUUCUUUCCAGGUUAAAGGAAGUGUUCUGAACGAAUUGGAACUCUCUUGGACUGGAUUCGAUAAGAGCCUACCAGAAAUGCCGCACCCAGAAGAGACGUUCCUCGUUGUGGUCACCUCGCGUUUCUAUCUUAAUAAUCACUGGGGUCAAGUAAGAGAGUUGACUUAUGUUGCCGUGUGCUCCCAUGGUCACAUCGCUGGCCGGAUUUGGCGACUUGUUGGCGAGGUCAGUGAGGGAUAA